AAUCCGCCCGCGGAAUUCCGCAAAGUCUCUCCCCGGCGUCGUCGUCGAAUGGUACCCUCCAGACUACCCCGUCGUCACCUCGCGAGGGCUUCCAUUCGUGAUCUCGUUCGAGAAAGGUGACGUUAUCUCGAGUUCGCUGAUUCAUUUGUUCGUUCAUUCGUUACCGGUUUCGCCGUCGCGCGGUCUCCGAAGGAGAAAAGUUCUAAGUGCUCCGACGUGACGUUGUCACUCCCACCCUGCUCCUCAUCGUCCCCGAGGGGAGAGGAUGGUCUCUGGGUAGACGUGACUCCACGAGGACGGCGUUUCCAUUUUGCCAGGUCUUGGCGAACGUCACGUCCGGUACCGCGCACCGCGUAUUCACGCUGCGGUAAGCGAUUCGCCGUUCCGGUCUCGGCGAACAACCAGAAAGCGGCGUCGCACCGUCGCCGGUAUCCUGAGGCGCCGGUAGGCGGGAAGGCAGAUUCGCCGAGAAGAAGAGGAAGACCGUCGCCUGGCAUCUAGUCCCCUGUCAGGUCUGUGACCAGAACACCAGCCGGCGAUGCCUGCACCGACGUCAGCGGCGGGUGCGGCCGAGGGCGGCCCGCCCCGCACCGAACUGCAGGAGUUACAGCUCAAGGCCGGUCAGACUACGGAUGAAUCUCUGGAGAGCACGAGGCGUAUGCUGGCGCUAUGCGAGGAGACCGAGGAGAUCGGAGCGAACACUCUGACGAUGUUAGACCACCAAGGCGAACAGCUGGACCGAAUUGAGGAGGGCAUGGACCAGAUUAACGCCGACAUGAGAGAGGCCGAGAAGAAUCUCACUGGAAUGGAGAAGUGCUGCGGUCUUUGUGUUCUUCCCUGUAACAAAGGUGCCAGCUUCAAGGAAGACGAAGGUACGUGGAAGGGCAACGACGAUGGUAAAGUUGUGAACAACCAGCCGCAACGGGUGAUGGAUGACCGCAACGGUAUCGGGCCGCAGAGUGGCUACAUCGCCAAGAUCACAAAUGACGCGCGCGAAACGGAGAUGGAGGAGAACAUGGGCCAGGUGAACACGAUGAUUGGCAACCUGAGGAACAUGGCGAUCGACAUGGGCAGCGAGCUCGAGAAUCAGAAUCGGCAGAUCGACAGGAUCAACCGCAAGGGCGAAUCGAACGAGACGAGGAUACAGGUGGCCAACGAGCGAGCCCAUCAGCUACUCAAGUAAAGCGGCCACAUUCUCUGUCGACCAUCCGCACCCCGUCGGCCGCCCACGAGCGUCACUACCAUCACCCUCCACCAACAACAACAACCACACAACAGCAACAACAUCAACACCAACAACAGUCAGUACAAUUACACUCGACAGUCCACUCGAUCGUUUUGCUCGCGAUUUAUCGCGUUUCGUUUGUUAGAACGUUGUUUCUCUGUUCAUGUUUACCGAUACCUUUCGAGUUUGGUAUCGUCGAAACAUGAUAUAAUAUACUUAAUGAAAAUACUUAACCCUAAACUUGACUGAUAGAGUCCGUAAAGUUAUUAGAAUUUUGUAAUAUUCUUUUUCGUUCGAAGUAAGGGAACUGUGUGAAUCGCAUCGCCAUAAGCGUCUAAAAAUUAUUGCAAAGAUACGUAAAGAGGACUUGCGACCUCCUAAUGUCGUCUUUCGAACAUUUAACGCAGUUUCUCUUCUAAAACAUCGUAGAUAUUAAAUUAGAACACGCUCCGCGAACGAUGCGGCCGAUGAAAUCGACGAGAAAGAAAAAUAAACGCUUAAUUUGUUGUACUGGUGAGUAUCUGCUGCAUUUCCUUCGUAAUCUUGGAUUUUCACUUCUUUAGCUUUUGCAAGUUUAGGGUUAAUAUACGCCGAAAUAGAUUCAUAUAUUACAGAUUCGGAGAUUGAGUUUGAUUUUCGGCUUGACUUUAGCGUGUAAGAUAGAUUUCUGAUUUAGCGUCAAAAACAUCCUAUCUAAUUUAUUAUCGAACUUCAACUUCGUUAGUCCCUGUUCUGCAACCGUAAAUUAGAUUUAAUCUCCGAGACGAGGCUUUUUUGUCUUUACAAUAAUGGCAAUAAUCCGCCGACGAAGAGCUUCGAUGAUUCGAGGUGUCAGUGCCGCUAAUCGGUCAUCAAAGCUGGAUUAAAAACGGAUCUGUAACUUAAGAUUGUCGGAGUAAUCUCAUACCGAAUCACAACGAAGAAGCCGAUGGAAUUUUUUUCUAGCGUGGCAAAAGCGUCGAAUUUGUCGCGUAGUUAAAAAAAAACGGAGCUGAAAUUCAAUCUCCGGUUCGGGAACGAGUAUAGCUUCGUUCUCUUUGCCGGCAGAGUUAGCGUGUUGAACGAUAUUGGAACUUAAAUAAACAAA